AUGCCCACUCCAGCUCUGAGGGAGACCCUGGCUGGCAAGGGAAGCUGGGCGCCAGGUCUUCCACCCCGAGCUCCAGCUGCACCUGCCUCUGCCCCGCUGACCCCCAUCACCCUCUCAGUGAAGGCUGUGCCUCAGCCACAGGGGCCUUGCGGGGUGGGUGGCCUGACCACCUGGCAUCACACAGCCCCACCCAAGGACUCCUGUCACCCCAAGAGUGUGUAUGAGAACUUCCGGCGCUGGCAGCGCUUCAAGUCCCUGGCCCGCAACUACCUGCCCCAGAGUCCAGACACAGAAGCACUUUCCUGUUUCUUCAUCCCAGUGCUUCGGUCCCUGGCCCGCCUGAAGCCCACCAUGACGCUGGAGGAGGGCCUGAGGAGGGCCCUGCAUGAAUGGCAGGGCAAGAGCAACUUUGACCGGAUGAUCUUCUAUGACAUGGCUGCAAAGUUCAUGGAGUUUGAGGCCGAAGAGGAGAUGCAGAUUCAGAAGCUGCAGUGGCUAAAGGGGCUGCGGGCUCCCCCACCCCAGGCCCCACCCAAACUGGACACUCAGGCUUCCACUGCCCAGCGGGAGGGCUACCAGCCAGCCCCCAAACCUCAAAAGAUUGGGCGAUUCAGUGACCUCAAGUUCCUUGUCCUGAAACCUCAACCUGGCCCUCCUAGAUGCCCCCUCAGCUCUCCUGCCCCUCCUGUGCUUGGGGCUCAGGAGUCUGAGCAGCUGCACCCCUUGUGCACCCCCAGGAAGGCUGCUGGCCUCAAGGCCCGGGCAGCCCACACAAGGCCACACAAACCUCAGUGUCCCCCCAAGACCAAGGCGCCCAAGGAGAUCCCUGUAGAGGCCGUGCAGGAGUAUAUGGCCAUCAUGGAGGGGCUGCUGGGCAGCCCCCACUCAGCCUCAGGGGAGCCCCAAGGAGAGCAGGAAGGGGCUGGGCAGGAGCAGCUGGAGCACAACUGGCCCUGGCCUGACCCGGCACUCCUGGACUACAUGGACGCGCUGUGCUCCCAGGAGGACUUCAUCACCAAGGUGGAGGCGGUCAUUCACCCCCGCUUCCUGACAGAGCUGCUCUCCUCAGAGCCAGAGCUGGACCUCGAAGCCCUGGCUGAGGAGCUGGAGCAGGAGGCAGGGCUCAGCCCCUCACAGCUGGUGGACAAGAGACUCCUGGCCAUGAAGGAGAAGGGCCGUGUGCAGGCACCUGUGAGCAACAGCAGAGCCCAGAUGGCCUCACGUCCUCCCCAUCCUGACACCAGCCAGGAUGCCCUGAGAUGUGAGCAAGGCCCCCAGGCAGGGGUCAGCGGCCGUGCCAGGGCCCCGGACAUGGAGCAUGAAGCUCCGGGGAGGUGCGGCCAUGCACAAGCACAGCUCCCUGGGCACCGGGCCUUGGCCCUCUCCCCAGGAGGACAGGAGCCCUCUCCACCCAGAGCUGGACAGCACCCCUCCCCACACCAGGGGUGCAGAGGUCCUCUCCAGAGACCUGGCAGCCGGGACACCUGCUUUCAGGGGGAGACCACUCCUGCGGGCAGGCUGCAGGGGCCCACAGAUGUGUCCAGUGAGGAGGAGGAGGAGCUCCCCAGCCUGGCCUUCCUCCUGGCCUCUCAUCACAGCCUGCUGCCCUGGGGGCUGGCCCUGAGUCCUGGAGCUUGGGGGACUCCCCAGUCCCCACCCCAGAAGAGGAGGCUCCUCAACACGAUGCCCCCUCCUGCUGCCAAGGCGAGGAAGCACCCUCUGUGCAGCAGCCCAGGCUCUGAUGAGCAGGCGCCCCUCUCUGGGAGUGGGAGGCCUUCCCUGGCACUGGGGCUGCUUGGCCCCUCAGCCCCUAAGAAGAAGCGGUGCCUCCCUUUAGUAGCAGAGGGGAUGCAGCAGCACAGCAGCCAGUAGGGAGCCCCAGGGCCCCUCCUCAGCCAGCCCUGGAGA